AUGACUCGCAAAGCCCGCCCCGCUGGUUGGAGUAAGCCAAUUAAACCUUCACUUCGAUACUGGGAUUCUGAUGCAAUGGAUCCAGAUUCGCCAGCCUCCAUUCAUGUACUUCUGCAGUGGCUGACUACGCCGGGCAACUACAAGCGCUGGCAAACGGAGAAGAAGAGUUCGCUCUGCGAAGAAAUUGUAGCGUACUUGGAAAUGGAAGGCAUUACGCAUCGUGACGCUGACCAGGUUUACGAUAAGAUAUUGAGGCUGCAGAAUAAAGUCGAGGCUGCUACAAACUGGCUUAUAGUUCACAAGCAUUAUGAUGUGUGCCAGCGAGGCGAGGUGGGGAGAGUUGCUAAGAAGAGACUUGUCAAAAUGUGUCCAUACUACGAAGAGCUAGCUGCCGUAUUCCGAGGUGACAAGUCUACGAAGAGCUCUUCGAUGGCCCAAAAACAAGUGCCCACACGCAAACGCUGUGACGGCAUCAAUGACACCGACGAAGAGGAAAAGCACGCUGCUGCGGCUCAAUGCAAAAUGACGGAUGAGGCUGAUCGCGACAACAAACAACUUUUCGAUUCGCACACAAACCGUUUGCUCGACAGUGGGUUCAAGUGCAAGAAGGUUCUGCUGGAAGCGGAGAAAAUCUGUGGCGUGGCUUUGAAUCGCAAGAAGAUGCUUGAGCCGGCAUCGACCGUGAGGAGGUCGACCGACUGCUACCGCAGUGAGAAGGACGUCAUUGGCUGCAAUGUAUUCAACCGAUUUGUUUUUCAAUGA